AUUUCUCGUUGUACGCCUUCAGCGCCUGCUGCAACAAGUGAUGAGAAGAUUCCAUUCGUGCGUGACGAAACAUUGCUACACGCUUUGGACCUGCUAAUUUUGUACCUUCGCAUGGUACACUCAAUCGAUUUCUACGGUCACAUUGAAUACCCCAAUGAAGAUGCAAUGCCCAACAGAUGUGGUAUGCUGCAUGUGCGUGGCGUACUUCCCACACAAUUCGGCAGUUCGGAGGAUGGAACUAAGCUGGUUUCAACCAAGUUUAACACAGAAUUUAUAAAUGGUUUCAACCAUCGUCUCGAAAGCGGUCUGAUGCAGGCUUCAUAUGUCACACCUGAUGAAAUGGAAAAGAUGGGGAAAAAAGACGGUGAUAAAGAGGUGGAAGCGUUUAUUCAAGCGAAUACUGUGGAGCUAGCUCAAGACAAGUGGUUAUGUCCACUAUCCGGAAAGAAGUUUAAAGGACCAGAUUUUAUUCGUAAACAUCUCACGAGUAAACAUGAUGAGAAGCUGCGUGAAGUGCGCGAGGAGGCAACCUUCUACAACAAUUAUCUCGCCGAUCCGAAUAGACCUGCUAAUGUGGAGGUGAAGCCAGGCCCUGCCCCACCACGAGAAGAAGAGCGUCGCGAGGAUAGAUACCAGAAGAUCGACAAUGAGACCGCAGCGAUCGGGACGGAGAUCGUAGCUAUACGAGCAGUGUGGACCGCCGAAAUCGUGGUUACGCUGUUUUGGGAAGUGGUGGCCCGCCACGCGAUCGUGGUCCGCGUUUCACACCUGAGUCGGCACGUCCUCUCACAUCUUACAGGGACUUAG